AGAAAAAGAACAGAGGAAACCAAGAAGAAAAAAGACAGAGUAAGAAUAGUGUCGAUUUCUCAGCCUCCCGACACUCAUAAACAUCGUCGGAGUUCUCCCUCGGCGGGAGGGUAAUUUUGUGUGUCCGUCGGAGGGUCGACCCUCGGAGUCGCGCGGGGAUGCGCGCGAGGGUGUUUGUACGGCGUGGAUAGGCGAGCCGGCAAUUUCGCGUGUGGCUCUCGAUAUCGAUUCUAGGAGGCCGCCGCCACCGUCGGAGUAAUCGCGCAUCCCCUUCGUCGUUCUUCGGUCGGCAAAACGGCCGCUCGUUGACAUCGUCGUCGUUGAUGCGCGAGGGGGGAUCAAUGAAAGGAAAGAUCGAUCGAUCGGGUCGAAGAACUGAGGAUCGAACUCAUCUAUAUUAUUCUCGAUGCAGAAACGAUCUGUACCGAUCUGCAAUUAAUCAUGCUGGGGAAGAUGCGGAUCGUAUUGGGGUAGAAGUAUUGCAAUAGAUACACGGAUUUGUUAUAUUUUCCGGGGCACCGAAAUAUCUCGGUUAAGCCCUGGCAGUUAUCAAUGAAGAGCCGGACAUGAAUUGGACAUUCGAACGGUCAUCACUGGGAUUAUUAAUCAUCCUUCUCCUGACAUGCGGUAUCACAAGAUCGAUGACAGACGCGAAGGAGCCGAUACUAUUGAAAGUUGUCGCUCCACCGUCCCAUAUGGCUUUGUCCGGCGACGUGACCGUUUUUAUCUUGGAUUCGACGGAAACGGAAUCCACCACGAACGUUAUGUCCACGAACGGCACAAGUGGCAUGAGGAAAGACGAGAAAGAGAAAAUCGAUCCGAAGACAAACGGAGUUAGCGCGGGUCACGAACCGCUCGUGCUUAGAGUAUUAUACGUCGAUGGCCUCACGUCAGAAUUGAUCGGUGAUUUCCCUUUGGAUACCCUGCCGCAUAAGGGUGAGAAUAUUUCUGUGAUAAUACCUUGUGGUGUCUUCUCGCGUGGCGGAAUUUAUACACUACGACUUCAGUACAAGUUCUCAACUCUGGCUGCCAGACACAACACUGCCAUUACUGGGCUGCCCGAAAUUGAGAUGAGCAGUGCCUUAGACGUAAAGUGGCCCAUCCCCUUUCUGCAUCUGGAUUCCCAACACUUCGGUACAUAUCCUAGCCAGCCGAUAGUGGCUACCAUAAAGUACAAUAAAAUUUCGUGUGUACCUGCCAACGGCGUUCCGGUGGCGGCUUAUAUUUUGCAACUCAUAUAUUGCGGCACCACCGCGGCCGCCUGCGAUCCACAAAACAACGGCCGCAUGCAAGUGCUCUAUUACGAGGAAAUAAACGGCUUCACCACGUCAAAGAUCGUCAAGUUGAAAUGCGAAUUUUUCGGACUGGCCGGAAAUUACGCGCUCAGAUUAAAGGCCUCGGAUGUCAAUCCGUCCGCGCCGACGAGCAGCGCGUACAUUAAGGUGGAAUGGUCCGAUGAAUUUAGCUUCAACGUCCACGCGAGGUCGAUCUAUCCCUGCGAGGGAUCGGCGGGCAUAUCGGUCCUCUUUCAGUAUCCCGCGUGUCGUCUUCAGGGCGAUCGCGUGCGCGUUUACGGCCGCCUUCGGGCGGACGUGAGUUCCCUGGCGCCGCCGUCCGCGUUGCACUACGUGGCGGAAUUGAAGGCGGCACCGGGCAAGCACUCGCUGAACUUCGACUGCGAUAUCUUCACCGAGAAGUUCAUCGAGUAUUGCUUCGUUUACGUGAGCCAGGCGAUCACCGGCGCGAUGGCAGAAGUGAAGCUCGCGUGCAUACCGACCUUCCCGCUUCUGGAAAACGACGCAGCCGGUUGGGGUCCCUGGAGUGCGUGGAGUCCUUGCAGCAGCUCCUGCGUGGGUGGCGUCCGUAAUCGAUAUCGAUUUUGCGACACGCCACCCCCGAAAUACGGGGCGAAAUUCUGCCAGGGAAGAGCGGUCGAGACGGAAUCGUGCGGUGGCACUGGCAGGAUCGAUUUCCAAGAGGCGUGGAACACCGAGGGAUGGGAGUGCCGGCACGGAACGACAUUAGUGGCCGCAAGACCGGAAGUCACGGCUCAGAUCGGCGUUCAGUGUCGGUGCGGUUGCAUUAUCAAUUUUGAUGAUAAAGCCUUGAAUAAGAUUCUGGCGGCGAAUACUCAGGCCUGUCCCGGCCGUUCCUUCUGGCUGCUGCAGGCAAAAUCGGAUUACAUUAUUCGGCUGCAUUUGGAUCAAACGCAGUUUCGCUGCCCGGGGCAAUAUUUUCGUGCUCGCGACGGUGAUUCGUUGAGUGCGGAACUUUUAACGGACAUCGCGUUCGAUAAGGGUGCACCCGCGACAGGAACGAUAUUCUCGUCCGGUGAAAGUUUGCUACUUGAAUUCUUCAGCGACGAGCACGCCGCCUCGGCAGAUACUUGCGUGGGUGGUUUCUUGGGACACGCGAGCAUGUUUCGAAAACUAUAUGAGAACAAGACAUCAGCUUCGCUCCCUUCGGAAACAAAUUCCACUCUGACUGUUGAGCAAUGGAUCUUCUGGGGGCCCGCGCAUUUGGCGACAGCAUCCCUUUUGAUACUUAUAUUCUUUAUAUCUAUUUUUCUAGUACUGCAAUUUGCAUUAAAAUAUAGAAAAUACCAUAUCGCGGAAGACUUGGACACUCUGAGCGAGCAUUCUGGAUGUAGUGAUAUGAUGGUGGGGCGGGGAAAAUCGAUGUCUUCUACGACGCUAAUCUCGGAAGUCGCGUCUCUAGUAGGUCUACCAAAGAAAUGCACACCAAGACUGUCGAAACGAAAAAUAGCACCUUGUGCGAUGGAAGAUGGUUAUGAUAGUUCGGAGACUUUGGCGGAGUACGAAGACGAAACAAGCUUGAGUUCGACUACUUUGAAGCUGCGAGAUACCGAGGAAAGUUCGGAGAGGAGCGUGAUACCGAACAAAUUGCAUAUUGAUGAACCACCGGUGACAGUAUCGGCUGUUAUGGCUAUUGGUCAGCCGGAAGUAAAAUAUGCCCAACCAGUCAAAUUACGCACUCUGGGAUCUGUCAGUUCUGCAGACAAGCCGACGUUAGACAACGCGAGAUGUCAAAGCACAGCGAGUGUUACCGAGAGCCCGCAUAUUGCAAGACUUCAUCGCUACACGUCUAAUCGUCUACAGUCUAAGGAUUCAUUGACAAACAGCCCAUUAUCGGGUACGUCCACAUUACGCAGCGGUAAGGAGACGAAGGAUCGGCGGAAUCGCGAGCGACUACUUCAAAGACCGGGUUCGGAGUUCAGCCUGACAAAUCCGGAGACGGAUAUGGAGCUCGACUAUUACGAUUACAACGUCGCGAACGCCGGCGCCGCGCCGGGUUCGUAUCUAGGUAUGGAUCCAGCUUUUCUCCUAUGGAUACCCCCGUUGUCGAUGUCCGAGGAUUCUCAAGAUCCGUCCGCGGAUCGUCCGGAUUGUUUUCAAGGCACAACGACAAGCCCGGCACUGUACCGACUGCCGGAGAGCACUGAAGGCGCGACUCUGACCCCGGCCGAGUAUCGGCGUAUACGACAGCAGCUCGCGUCUAGCAUCGAGGAGGCUAGACCGAGCCUCGAGCAGCAACGCCAGGACUCGACGACGUCGUCCUCGUCGUCGUCGAAAAACGACUCGUCGUCAGGCGGUAGCCUGAUCCUAUCCGACGACAGCAUCGGCGAGAGCAGAACCGCCAGAUUGAACGAACGCUUGCUGCCGAUCCACCGGAUCCUGGAGGACUCCAGGACUCGAGUGAGCGAGGAGUCCCUGUGCAGUCAGCUCGCGAGCGACAGGACGCAAUGCGCCGCCAUUCCCAAUCGCCUUCACGGUGCUAAGCCCGAUCUUUCUCAGGAACAGACCGUUUCGAGGAGUGGUCGGCAGGACAAUUAUGUAAAUAUUACCGAUGCUGGAGGCGUGAUCAAAUUGGAAGACAAAUCGGAGAAAUCGAGACAGAUCUCGAAAAGGCAGCCUGAAGAAGCGUUACUUCAUCAUAACAUUUCGAGGUCGCAUGUGAAUCAAAAGGCGAAGGACGUUUCUCAGGAUGACAAGAAGAAUCGUUACUUCAAGAACGAGAACACGUCCAAAUUCUCCGGUAAAUCGGCGAGCUCGAAGACUCAAGGAUACGCGGACGGCAGGGACAGGGAUCUUCAGAGUGCCAAAGAUCUCAGAUCGGACAUUCUGACAAAUCUAAAUGUAAGCGGCCCGUGCAAGUACCGAGACUUUACGCAAUUUACGCAACCGCAGGAGACUAACAAACUCUCGGAUUGCACUAACAUUCCGAUGAUCGAGUUCUCGGGGCCGCGACUGAACUCACCGGCGACACCUCGGAGACUGACGACGGACAACUUGAACAUCAGUCUGUCCAAAAAGAAAGAAAUUCAGAGCCCGGAUUACGGGGUCGAGAGCGACAUGAAGACGGAAUCGCGCGAUUCCUUUUACGAUCUGAUCCGCGAGAACGAGGACGGUAUCAAAUUCGCGGACGAUGACGACGAGUACAUCGAUAACAGAGCGAAUCUGUGAAACCUACAUUGUAAUUGCUAACAUAUGGAAACAAAGCUGCAAUAAAGAUUACCGCUACUCUACGGCUGAGAAUCGGCGAUUUCUUCUGAAUAAUUGAAAUUUAAAUACAAGGGAAUUUAAAAAAAACACGUUCUGACACGUUAAACGUUGUUACAUGAAUAUCUUUAGAUCUUGUGUUAGAAAAUAAUGUAACAUUUUAACUUAAUGUAACUUAAUGUAACUUAUUAUGUAUUAUUAUAUA